GCCAUCGUCUUUUCAUCUUGCCAUUCCACAUCAGCCGAACACCUCCAUCAGAUACUACAUAUUUGUCAUCUACUACCAAUCGAAUAAGCAAAAGAACAUCGGAGAAUGGCUGUUUGUAUUCCCCUUGUUUGCGGGUUUCCAAACAAGUUCAAACAGGAUGCGCCCGAACCAAGUGGACGUAUGUGUCCCAGAUGUCAUAACGCCUCCGUCGUGGGCGGUGCAACUCGAACAUGGUUUGAAUUCUUCUGGAUCCCUCUGAUCCCUUUUGUGAAGCAUGAAAUCUGGCUUUGCUCCAUCUGCCGCUGGGAAAUGCGUAAAGGCGAUGGAUAUGAUCCUCAACCGCCGAAUGGGUAUAAUGGACGUCCGCCGCCGCCAAAUGGAAAGUAGUUUUUCUUGGGGCAAGUCUUGGCGAGCGGGGCGUCAAGCGGAGUGGGAAAGUACCGGGAAGAGUAGGAUGGGGGUAGUGUUGUAUAGUAAGAAGGGUUGACAUACACGGAGCUCAAGAUAAUUGUAGUGCCGAUGAAAACAGAAAAGGCGUGAAUAUAGAUACUCCCCAAGAGGGAGCUGCAUACCAAAGUUGAACGACCUCCAUCCGCGCGGAGCUAACGGGUCCUUUGGGUUGUGUAUUUGGUUGCGAUUCUCGACGUUGUCAUUACCACCAUCCGCUUUAUCAGGACCUGAUCUGUAGUAUACCGAACAAGAAGAAGGACUGUAUCGACGACAGACUCUAUCAAACCACUAUCGUACUAACACGUACUUGGGACACGACCAUCGCCUACCGACGUCGCUUGCCCUGUCAAUCCUUCGCCAUCUCCGUCCCCCCUCUCGUCCGCCUCACCUGCACCAUCGCUCGACUUCCUCGAGCCAUCUCUGGCGUUGGCUCAUUACUCUUUCCGGCAUCAAAGUCCCUCGUCAUCUACCCCUCACCUGAGACUCUCUCCUUCAAAGAGCACCAUGCCCCUCCCACACCUCCCUCUCCUACUCUCCCUCCCUCUUCUCUCUCUACCAGCUCUAGCCGACCACAAACUCGACCUAACCCGUAUGGGCGCAGCCUACACCGGUCUCCCAUUAUACAGGUCCGGCGCGGGGACGAAUGUCUUGCAGAUCGGGGUGGGUACGCCGGAGGUCGUUGUCAAUCUUACUGCUUCGACGAAUGUGGAGUUUAUGAUGGUUACUACUGAUGAGUGUGAUGAUUGUACGCAAGACAGCGCAACAUACUCGAUAGAAGACUCAUCUUCCGUUUCCACUAUCCAACAAGCCCUCAUACACACAUUCAUCUACCCCAUCGGCUCCACCAACACCCUCUCCCUCGCUGGCGAGCUCGCCUCUGAAAUUCUCUCUGAUGAACGGCAAGAUACCGAUACCACCCGCCCCAUCGCUCUGGUCUCGGAUGUACAAGAGGACGAUGAAGAAGGGAGACUGAGGGGGACGGCGGUGGAGUUGAGUGAUGGGACGAGUGGGUUUUGGGGUAUGGGCGUUUUUCAGGAUAAUAAGAAUAGGUCGAUGAUACCGAAUAUGAUACUCGUCAAUGGCGACGGCGCUCCCUCACAGGAAGUAUCAUUCACAGUGGGCUUUGAUAUAGCGAAUAGGUCGACGUCGGAUACGGAGACUGCGGGGACGGUGCAUUGGGGAGGUGUGCCGAAUGGAAGCUGGACGGGCGAUUUUAAUUGGAUUGAAGCGAAUCGGUCUGUUGCUGGGAGCUGGGGCUUCGGGCUGGAUAGGAUGAGGGUGGAGGAUGAGGUGAUUGACUUGAGCGGUAACUACUACGCUUCAAUCGACCCCGCCUUCGACGCAAUCUACCUCCCAACCUCCAUCGCCGAAAAGUUCUUCUCCAAAGUCCCCGACGCCUCUCGCGACUCUUCCGACCGUACCCGCUGGAACAUUCCCUGCGACAUCAACAUCUCCCUCACCCUCACCAUCGCAGACACGACUUAUGGUAUCGCGUCGUCUCAGCUGGUGCAGACGCGGGGUGAGGCGACGGGGAGGUCGUGUUGGAGCUCGGUGGUGGCGUGGGGGAAUGGGAGUGUGCCGGAGGCGCAGGGGGAGGUGAGGCUGGGGACUCCUUUCAUGUCGAAUGUUUAUUCCGUGCUUUAUUAUACCGACGGGGCCCAGUACAUCGGUCUGGCAGGUAAACCCAACAGCGUGAACGCCCACAAUCUCGCCUCAUCCAACCCUGGCAGUCACCCCAACAUGAAACUCGCCGGCAUCCUAAUCGGCGUCUUCCUAGGCCUCCUCCUCCUCCUCGUCUGUAUCUGUUACUCCCGCAACCGCAAUUCAUUCCAAUCCAUGUGGUAUCGCGCGGUCCGCCGACAACAGCGCGCUGAGAUGAACGCCAUGGUGCGUGGGGCGACGCUACCGCCGCCGAUGAUGGGGCCGGUGGGGCCGAUGGCGCAUAUGGGCCCGCCGAUGGGUGUUGGGGUGGGGAUGAUGCCCGCGAUGGGGGUUGGGAUGGGGCCGGGGAUGGCGGCAGGGAUGGGGCCUAUGGGACCUAUGGGACAUAUGGGGCCGAUGGGUGGGAUGGGACCGAUGGGACCGAUGCCGAUGGGUGGGCCGCCGGGAAGUCAUAUGGGCAUGGGCAUGGGCAUGGGCAUGGGAAUGCCCCCGAACGCCAACCCCGCAUUAUACCAGUCCGUCCCUCCCCCUUACCAACAACCUCCUCCUGCUUCAAACCAAAACCCCCAAACCCAACCUUUGUUGGCCGCCCACGCAAGGGACGAGAUGGAUCGUGAGAGAGAUCUGGAAAAGUCUCCGGAUAUGGCGGAUAGGGAUAGGCAGCAGCAGCAGCAGGGGUAUUAUUCGCCGGGGUUGGUGGAGACUUCGCCGCCGACGUCGGCGUGGAGGAUGAGAUCGCCUGCGCCUGCGCCUGCUCCAAACCCUGCGCGCGCUUCGUUGAUAGCCAAGUCGGGUUCGCAGAGAUCGCUCAGGCCGAAAAGAGAUUCGGGCGGGAUGGGGUAUGGGGCGGCGCCGUUGCCGGGGUCUGGGAAUUCCGGGAAUAGGAGAGCGUCGGGGAGGGUGGCGAGGACGGCGUCGGGGAUGUCGGUGGGGAAGACUUGGGAUGAGUUUGGGAAUGGCGCAGCAGCAGGGCAGGGAGGUAGUGGGGCGGGAGGAUUCGCGGCGAGGAAUGAGUUUAGGCAUUCUCGUCAGCCGAGUCAGACUCGUCCGAGGGAGUCUUACGACGAACCUCAACGCCAAUCCUCGCCCCGAUCUCAACUUCAGUCUCCACCCCGAUCUCAACAACACCAAAAUCAAAAUUACGCUGCCUUCCCUGGGUCGUCGCCCAUACCCGGUGAAGACCAUAUCUCCCCCGAACAGCUUCAUGCGCCUCAUCAUGCGCAGAAUUGGCCUCUGAUACCGACUCAGGGGCAUCAACAGCAAUUUGCAGAUUCGCCGUCGUCUGACGAGAAGAAACGGGGUAUCUGGCAAUGGCGCGCUGGCUCAGCGACGGGAAAUGCGGGCAAAGGCUCCUAUAAAGCUGUGAGCCCGAACAUGGGGGCAGGUGGGAAUGGGAAUGGGGGAGGGAAGAGGAGUAGUUGGUUCGGAGGGAGGAGCGGGGGGUGGAGAGAGGCAGAGAAGGAGAGAGAUCGUGUGCCGGUUGAAGGACAAUGGGCUUGA